AAUCUUCUAAUAAAUAGGGGUUCGGGCCGUAACACAAACAUUUCUCCGCGCAUCGUUGUAUUUUCACUCGAGAGCUGAGGAGAACGAAAGAGGGUUGCAGAUUCGCCGCGUUUUUGAUACUCGUCUGUCUUUGUUUAUGAGCUCGAAGGAGAGACCCACUCUCGGUGGUACGCGGAUUAAGACCCGCAAACGGAAUAUUACAGUUCCUCUGGACCCUGCAGCAUUUGCGGAUGCAGUGGUCCAGAUUUAUGUGGAUAAUGCUGGUGAUUUGGAACUUGUUGCAAAGAGUAUUGUUGAAUCUUCAGAUCUGAACUUCUCAAGAUACGGUGACACCUUCUUUGAGGUUGUUUUCACAGGUGGACGGACACAACCUGGCACAAUUAAGGCUGAUGAAGGGGAGCGCCAUCCUUACUCUAUACUCGACUGUGAGCCAAAACGUGAAGCCAUAUUACCAUCUGUAAUGUACAUUCAAAAGAUCCUGAGAAGAAGGCCUUUUCUCAUAAAGAAUCUUGAAAAUGUCAUCCAAAGAUUUCUGCAGUCACUCGAGCUUUUUGAAGAAGAUGGUCGUAAGAAGCUUGCGAUUUUCACAGCACUUGCAUUUUCUCAGAAGUUGUCAGGUCUCCCUCCAGAGACUGUAUUUCAGCCACUUCUCAAGGAUAAUCUUGUUGCCAAAGGGCUAGUGCUUUUAUUCGUGACAGAUUUUUUUAAGGACUAUCUUAUUGAUAACAGCCUUGAUGACUUGAUUUCAAUUCUGAAACGUGGGAAGAUGGAGGAUAAUCUUCUAGAUUUUUUCCCUUCAUCUAAGCGGACUGCUGAAGCAUUUUCUGAGCAUUUCAGCAAGGAAGGGUUGGUAUCCUUGGUUGAAUAUAAUGAGAAGAAAAUAUUUGAGGUAAAGCUGAAGGAAAUGAAAUCUACAUUGACAACACAGAUAGCAGAGGAAAGUGAAAUAUCUGACGUCAUAGAGACUGUGAAACAACAUGUUAAAGAUGCUAAGUUACCUGAUUUUGAAGUUGUGAAAAUUUUGUGGGAUGUAAUAAUGGAUGCAGUUCAAUGGUCAGGGAAGAAUCAGCAGCAGAAUGCAAAUUCAGCAUUGCGCCAGGUAAAAACAUGGGCAAGUUUGUUAAAUGCCUUCUGUACUACUGGAAAGCUUGAGCUUGAGCUCAUUUAUAAAGUACAGACCCAAUGCUACGAGGAUACAAAGCUGAUGAAGCUGUUCCCCGAUAUUGUUAGAUCUUUGUAUGACCAAGAUGUGCUUGCCGAAGAUACUGUUCUUCAUUGGUUCCAGAAAGGAUCAAAUCCUAAGGGCAGGCAAACUUUCGUGAAGUCUCUUGAGCCAUUUGUGAAAUGGCUGGAGGAGGCUGAAGAAGAGGAAUAAUAAAUCUUGCCUGUUACAAAUGAUGCAGUUUGUUGAAUCAAUUUACUUGUCUUAUCUUGAUUGUGAUAUUUUCACAUCCAUUAGCUUGCUAAUACCCAAGAGCAAACAUGUGACUUAAAAACCCUGUAUUUUUUUUUAACUUGAAGAAACCAUUAAAUGCUUAUGAAAUAUUUAAACCCUGCAUAUGUAGUUGCAAUGGGUCUGCUUUUUUAGUUAGCCAUCACCUAAAUAAAAUGAAAAAAAUGCAUUUGCUACC